AUGACCCAUGAUUUCAUGCCAUCGCAACUCCACCUCCGCAACACCAUUCUGUUUCUUAUUUUAUCUGGCCAUCCCGCGGAGAUCGAUAAACGCAUGAAGGAAGUUAACAAGGAGGGUGCUCUUCGAGAGGCACAAUUUACAAAUGGCACUCGAAGUUUGCCUCCGGACGACUAUUCCAUCGAAGAUGAAGACCGUCCGGGUCGCCGGAAGGAGUUGGAUUCGGACCUCCUGCGGAGCCAGGUGGAAGCCGAUCCGUACCAAACUGCUCGUGAGGUGGCAGUCUCUCUUAGGUGAGUCAGUCCACAGUUAUUCGUGGAUUGAAGUCAAUCGGCAAGAUGCGAAAGCUUGGUCGAUGGGUGCCCCAUGAAUUGUAGCAGUAUGACACGGACCGCCGCGCCGACAUGGCACUUUCUCUCCUCACGCUCAGGCGCACCCACACGUGGCUUGACCACCUAGUUACCGGGUAUGAGAAGUGGAUUCCCUACUCUAACGUCCACCGGCGUGCUCAGUGGGUUGACAAAGGUGCCGAUGCAGAAGACUCUCCCAAACCCAACGUUCACACCAAGAAGGUCAUGCUCUGCAUCUGGUGGAGCGUUCACGGCGUCGAAUACUUGGAGCUGCUAGACGAAGGAUGUACAGUGACCGCCGACAUCUACAUUAAGCAACUGAGGAAUUUGAAGGCGAAGCUCGAAGCUACACGACCACAGCACCAGAAGAUUUACUUCCAGCACGACAACGCUCGACCACACAUUGCAAGAACGACCAAGACUGAACUAAUAAAUUUCGGCUGAACAGUUUUAUCCCACCCACCAUAUUCCCCAGACUUGGCUCCUUCGGAUUAUCAUCUUUUUUCCCAUCUCCAACGUCAUCUGGAUGGUAGAGACUUUGAAACCCGCGAGGACAUCAAAAUGGCACUCGAACAGUUCUUCAAGGACCAGCCCCCAGCAUUCUGGAGCUAGGGCAACUACGAUGUGCCCAAGCGUUGGCAGAAGACCAUCGAUGCCAAUGGGGCAUAUUUCAGAUGAUUCGCAUUUUUCGUUUAAAAUGGUAAGAUAA